AUGGGCUCAGUACGAAGUGCACAAAGGCGCCGUGGUAUGAUAUCAUGCAACCUCGAGUCUCCGUUGCCACCACGAGGGACAAGGAGUCCCAUAGCCAAAGGCGUAAGAUAUGGGAACGAGCUUUCCGUCCUCAAGGUGAGAAAUCUCAACAUCACUCAUUAUGAUUUUAUAACUAAAGGCAUCUGUCUAGCUUUGCAAGAGUAUGAGCCUCGGUUAUUGAGAUUUGCAGCACAAUUGUACCUACGCAUCUCGAAACUGGAUGGGAAAGCCGUCGACGUCUCCAAACUCUUCUACCUCUACUCAUUCGAUGUUAUGAGUGAUCUAGCUUUCGGAGAACCAUUGAACAUGCUCGAUAGUGACGAGUACCACUUUACAGUUGGGCUCCUGCAGGAUGGUAUGAACCUUCUUGGACCACUAUCGCCUGUUCCUUGGCUGGUCAGAAUCGGUUAUAGUAUUCCAGGGGUAGCACAGAACUUCAAGGAUCUGCUUGGCUGCUCGGCGCAGAAGCUUCGAGAUCGAAUGAAGGUAUAG